UUUGUUUUUGUCUUCGUUUCAAAAUCUCUGCAAGUCUCUGAUCGCAAUGGAGGAUGAUGAUGGAGGUCAUGAGAGAAGAGAAGAGACCCGCCGAGUUAACGAUCGUUUCUUCGUAGCAGUUUCGCUCGCCAUUUUCACCGGAAUCUGCAAACGAGCUGCUGGUUUUGACGUUUCCGAUACGAAUCCGGGAACCGAGUCGACUAAAAGCGGACACGUGGCGUUCUACUGCGCAUUGGAGCUCAACAAGCUAGCCGAUCAGUGUUUUCUGUUUGCUAUUAUCAGACUUACUUUAUCGUUUCUCGGACUCACUUUUGCGCCGGUGGUGAUGCGAAGACUACGAGAAGAGACGGACAUGAAACUGAUGAUGGGUUCUUUCUGCCUUGUGGUCUCGCUCUGUUUCUUGGCUUAUCUCCGAUGGUUCGUCGUCGGAUGAGUUUUUUAGUUCGCCAGAGUCUUCCUCUUGCUUUCGAUUUAUAACGGUGUCGUUUUAGUCUUUCUGCAUUUCUUGUUUUGUUUCUUUACUCUGUCUGAGUCUGACUAUGGUUUGUUGAUAAAGGUUUGAUCUUUGAAUACCAUUUGGUACUGGA